UCAUUCCACCCAGUGUGGUUCGUCAGUAUCAUGGGUACUGGGAUAGCUUCAUCCAUACUAUACAAUUAUAACCACCAAUGGUGUCAGAUACUGGGGAUAAUCAUGUUUACUAUAAACUCAUUAUUAUUACUAUCAACAACAGUGAUAUUCAUACUUGGUGCAAUAUUAUACAACACACUACCCACACAUUUAUACUCACAGAAUAAUGUAUUCCUAGGUUGUUAUGCCAUGGGGUUCACAAGUUGGUGUAAUAUGCUUCAUUUCCUAACCCCAAACCAACCAAUAUUAGCAUAUGUAUUGUGGUGGAUUGGAAUUGCAUUAUCAUUAUUUACAUCAUAUUUCAUCUUUUUCAUAAUUGUGAAAACAAAAUCAACUUCCAUGUCAUUCACUUUAUUAUUACCUGUUGUCACAUUAACAGUUGUUGCAUCAUCUGGUGGGAUUAUUUUACCUCAUUUGCCUCAACAUUUGAAACAAUCAACAUUAGUGAUCACUUAUCUAUUAUGGUCAAAUUCAAUGUUGUUAUCAUUCAUAUUAGCCACUGUCAUCAUCAACAGUUUCAUCAACUCUACAAUCCCGCCACAACAAGCAAUUUUCACAAUGUUUAUACCAAUUGGAUUCAUGGGCCAAGGUUCUUAUGCCAUUCAAUUGUUUGGUGUGAAUUUCCACCAUUUGAAUAAUUCAAUAAUUGGAGAAUUGAUUGAAGAAGUUGCAUUAUGGAUUGGACUGUUUUUGAUAAUCUCUGGAUUAUUCAUGACUUUUAUCGCACUAUCAUCAGUUGUAUCAUCAAUCAUUGAUAAUUCUUGGAUUAAGUUCCAUAAAGGUUGGUGGGCAAUGACUUUCCCCUUGGGAACAAUGGCAUUAUCAACUAAUCAAGUUUGGAAUAUUAAAAACUGGUAUACUUUUAGAGUCAUUGGGAUUAUUUAUAGUGUUGCAUUGGUUGCAAUUGUUGUUGUGUGCAUUGUUGGUUGUAUUCUCUUU